GCUCUGGUUUACUCGUUAUUGGAAGUCGGCGGUCACUCGCGACGCGGGCAUUGCAGAUUUACUACACCGCAUUUUUACUUGUAUUUUUGUUUUAUAUCUGUCUAUAACUAAAUCUGCCGAAAUGUCUGUACCUCCUAAAAUAUUCGCCGCUGGAGAGGAUUGCAAGAGCAAUUGGAAAGAUGCGACAUCAGACUUCGAUGUAGUCGACCAGCACCUGGAAAUUAUGGGGAAACCAGUCAUGGAGCGUUGGGAAACGCCGUUCAUGCACAAGUUGGCUUCUAUUUCGGCUAGCAAAGGGGGCCGUGUGCUAGAGAUAGGUUUUGGAAUGGCAAUUGCUGCAACCAAGAUCGAAGAGUUUGAUAUUGAUGAGCAUGUGAUCAUCGAAUGCAACGACGGAGUCUUCCAAAGAUUGGAGAAGUGGAAGGCAGACCAGAAACACAAGAUUACACCGCUGAAAGGAAUGUGGGAAGACGUGUCGCCAACAUUGGAAGAUGGAACAUUUGAUGGCAUCCUGUACGACACAUACCCGCUGAGCGAGGACUCGUGGCACACGCACCAGUUUGACUUCAUCAGGCAGCACGCGUUUCGCCUGCUGAAGGCCGGCGGCGUGCUCACCUACACGAACCUGACCUCGAUGGGCGAGCUGAUGAAGACCAAGUACGACGACAUCGAGAAGAUGUUCCAGGAAACGCAGGUAGCAAAGCUGGUGGAAGCCGGAUUCAAGAAAGAGAAUAUCAGUACCGAACUGGUGCCAAUGUCACCGCCGCCGGAGUGCAGGUACUAUUCCUACAAAAUGAUGAUUGCCCCAACCGUCGUAAAGCAGUGAUGUCAGGUGACGCAGCCCACGUCGUUCAAAUUGCUAUAGGCAAGACUACAGAGUCGUUUUAAAUGUCGAGACCAAGACGAAGAUGAAUGCAAGUGUUUGGCCUUGACUGUGAGCUGUAAAGCGCACUGUUACGUUUACGUUGAAAGGUUCUGUGAUAGUUGGUGACUGUUUUUACUAAAUUUUUGUUUUUGAUGUCUAAAUUGUCUAACUACCUUUGUUUCCAACAAUGGGCCUCUGUUCCUAGCAAGUCUGCGUAAUGCGGGUAAUACGUCGGCAAUACGUUCGCCAUGUGUUCUACUACACUUUACACUACCUAGCCAACCGAUUGGGAUAGAUUUCGACUAUUAUAAGUUGGUGUAGGUUGUGUAUUAGACAUUCCGUGCUGAAUUAUAGUACGACCAACUUUAAAUUACUUUCAUCGCGUGCGCGCCGUUGCAUUUCACGCCGGCCAUCGAUAGCUAUUACCGAUCACAUCUCACUUUGCAAAGGUAAAAAUGCAAUUCUGUACUACUUGUGUCAAGGUAUAUGCCAUUUUUGUGGUCACAUGCAGUAUCAUUUAAUAAAAGUAUUGAUUGAAA